AUGGAAGAAGAGGAUCAAAUUGUUGAAAAAUCACCAGAUGAAACCGGGAUUGAAGAUGUGAAACCAAGUCAAGUAAAGUCACUAGACAAUGAUGAAAUUACAGAAGCGAGUAAAAAUUCUGGAAGAUCAUCAGACAAUGAUGAAAUUACAGAAGCGAGUAAAAAUUCUGGAAGAUCAUCAGGUCGUCUGAUGUGGAUCAAAACAUUUUUUCAUGAGCGUGGUAACCCGUGUGACUUUCCGCCCAUUCUUGUGGGACAACGGUCUGGGUGGUCGAGAUGGCCUGGUGCUCCGUCGUGGGUCCUGGGUCACCGAUGGUGUGGGGUGCUCAGUUGCAAUCUGGUCUUCAUCCACGUCCAUGUGGUCCUCGGUUUCGUUUCCCAUUCCGCCGGGCGUCGUAAUGUUGACCUCUCGCCGAUGUCCAUCGGUUCUUCUGGGUUCCCCUGCUUUUCUGUCUAUCAUUGUGCCUGUCUGCUCUCUAUUUUUCUAUCGAUUGUUGUGUCUGUUUUUAUAUAUGUUUAUUUCUCUGCCUUUCUGUCUCUCGUUGGGUUUAUCUGUCAGCCUAUCUAUUUGCAUAUUAAUAUCUGCUUUUCUAUCUAUCAUUGUAUCUAUCUGUACAAUGAUAAAAUUACAGAAGCGAGUAAAAAUUCUGGAAGAUCAUCAGGUCGUCUGAUGUGGAUCAAAACAGUACUUUGUAAACCCAGUGUAAUAAUGAUUACAACAAUUUUAGUUUUUGAAGGUUCAUACCGAAUUGCACCAUAUUUGAAAAUUGAUCAUAGAUAUACAGGUCGUCUGAUAUGGAUCAAAACAUUACUUCGUGAACCCAGGUUAUUAACAACAGCACAAAUUGCAUUUCUUGGAUGUUCAUACCGAAUUGCAUCCUGUUUGAACAUUGAUAAGAAAUACGUAGACGCUUUGGUGUUCUUAUUUGAACAUUACUUUCAAUUCCCAUUCAGAGAAUUUUUUUUUCAUAUCUGA